GACUUCAGUUUGUGUUUCGCUGUGUAAAGCGAAGGGUGCUCGCUCUCGCUUAUGCCGGACCGUUGCGCUACGGAACUCGCCGCGCGAGUCUACUUUGAGCUGUCAUAACCGUCGCGUUGAACUCACACAAGAGUAUUGCCUACGGAAAAGCCGGUAAACCUCAGAAGUUGUCAGUUUCUUUCCGAGCGUCUCUUUUCCAUGCGAGAAUGUGAAUUUCCACAUGAGGAUUUACAGCCGUGCCAUGGUUUUGACCUGCGCGCUCCUGACAGAAAUGGGUCUCUCUUCAUCUACGGGUACAUGAAUCUGAGUUCCACCGGCCAGAUGCCUGAGAUGGAGGAAGUAGAUACCAAUGAGAGCAACUGGAUGGCGAAGAGGGUUGCUCUCAUCAGCUUCCUGUCACUGGUCAUGCUCAUGAGCGUCCUGGGCAACCUGCUGGUAAUGGUGGCCGUCUGCAAGGACCGGCAGCUCAGAAAAAUCAAAACCAACUACUUCAUCGUCUCGCUGGCAUUUGCUGACCUGCUUGUGUCAGUGCUGGUGAUGCCCUUUGGUGCCAUAGAACUGAUCCAUCAGAACUGGAUCUACGGUGAGACCUUCUGCCUGGUCCGCACCUCUCUAGACGUGCUGCUGACCACCGCCUCCAUCUUACAUCUGUGCUGCAUAUCCCUAGACAGGUACUACGCCAUAUGUUGCCAGCCGCUGGUCUACAGGAAUAAAAUGACACCGAUGAGAGUGGCUCUAAUGAUCGGAGGAUGCUGGAUAAUCCCAGGCGUUAUCUCCUUCUUACCCAUAAUGCAAGGCUGGAACAGUAUUGGAAUACAUGAUUUGAUAGAGAAACGGAGGAUCCUUGGCAACUCCACGGUUUGUGUUUUUAUGGUGAACAAGCCAUAUGCUCUGACCUGCUCAGUUGUGGCCUUCUAUUUUCCACUGAUCCUGAUGGUUCUGGCCUACCAGCGCAUCUACGUCACAGCGCGGGCACAUGCCCGUCAGAUCAACCUGCUCCAGAGGGCCGGGAACGCGACUUCGGACAGCGCGGACCACCAACGGAACCAUCGCAUGCGCAUCGAGACCAAGGCGGCCAAGACUCUGUGCAUAAUUAUGGGCUGCUUCUGCCUGUGCUGGGCCCCUUUUUUCAUCACAAAUGUGGUGGACCCCUUCAUAGACUACAGUGUUCCUGAGCAGCUGUGGGCAGCCUGCCUCUGGCUGGGCUACAUCAACUCCAUGCUCAACCCCAUCCUCUACGCCUUCCUCAACAAGUCCUUCCGUCGUGCCUUCCUCAUCAUUCUCUGCUGCGGACAAAAGCGUUACCGCCGACCUUCCAUCCUGGGGCCUGGAACGCCCUGCGCGGCCACGCAGAUUAAUGGCUCUACACAUGUCCUGAAUGGCUGCUCCUCUGUCUCCAAACUGCUCCUCUGGUUCUGCAACACUAGGCCUGUUCCUGUCUAGUGCUGUUUGGGAAGUUGUCAAGUAUUCAGUUCUUCACAAUGGAAACCACAGUGAACAGGAGAAACUAACAGUACAGAUUGACACAGAAUCCCAGGAAUCAUGUUUCUGACAAAGGUCACCCUAUAAUGAGGACCAUCACUGGAAGGUGCCAUUUCUUACCGCCCCGCCUGCGGCUCAGACCCAACCAGAGAAUUUCAGGACUCAAAUACUGGGAGUCGGACUGAACUAUUUGCUCAAAGAGCUGGUGAACAAUGAAGGAAAGAAUAAUGAUGCCAAAGGUAUUUUGGUCUAUAUUUUGAGGUAUUUCCAUUUGUAGUGGAAUGCUGGUAAAGUUUGCCCAAUACUUUUUGGCUCACCUGGGAAUACUGUUUCCAAACCAAAAAAAAAACACAUCUUACAAGCUUUAUAUGAAGAGGCUGCCUUUAGAUCUGGAGUCGAGAUAACACUUCUGAAGUAACUGCAGAAACGUCUAAACAGCUCAGAUGACACUUUGUUCAAAAGUUUUUUCUUUUUAAUAAAAGAGAGUUAAGACUUAUAAACAUUCACAUCACAGUAUUAAAAGCUGGGCGCACAGCUAAGGGAAUUAUCCGCUUAAGUUUUUCUUUUAAGCAAUGAACCUGUGGUGAUUUUUGAUGAUUAAAGUGAAUGACAGACCUUUAACAAUGAAAGCAAAACGAUGAACUAAAUGUGAGAUGAAAGGAUACCAUUUCUGUUCAGAUUCCAGCGUCUAUGUAAUGUGAAGAAUGAAAGUCUAUCCUUGGGUAGGAUUUAUUCCAAAGGUACGCCACAAAAUGUCUAACAGAAAUAUAUUUUUUCUAGGAUUGCAGACUCGAUAUACUUUACGUUCUGUAAAACAUCUGAAGUGCUUUGAGCAAUAAGAUGCUCUACAAGCUCUUAGCUAAAUCACACACAAUUAAAGCACAGAUGUGCUCAUCUAAACACAUGUGACCGAUCUUUGAUCAGCGAUGCCUUUCGCGUGCAUCACUAAAUCCAUUCAUUUCCAUAGUGAUUUACAUUCCAAGAGUCUCCUCUGACAUAAACAACUCAGUAUUUUAUAGAUGCAUGAUGUCUGGUGACUAUGUGUUACUGAAAUGGCAUUCGAAAUGAAAUAUUCAGUAACAGCAACCAAAUUUUUCUGCUGCUGUCCCAAACAUUGUGGAUAAGAAAAUGUAGCUGUUCUUAUGGUGGCGUUCACACCUGACGCGAAUGAAGCGUUAAAGCGAAUGAUUUACAUGUUAAGUCAGUGCAAAGAUGCGAUAGACGUCCUGCGGUGUGAUUUGUGUGCAUUUGCGCAAGUUGAGCGCUUGAUGCGCGUAAUGAAUGAUUUAACGCAAGUUGAAAAAACGGAACUUUGGCAGAUAUUUGCGCCACAUCAGGAGCUUGGUCUAGUAGCAAGCUGAGGCAGAAAUACGAAAUAACAAUGGAGGACAAAAUCAUUUUCACUGUAUGUGGACACCCUGAGCUGUAGGGGAGAGCGGGGCACAACCUAACGCUUUUUGGUUUUGGCUCAAUCAUUCCGAAUUUUUUAGUUUGAUAAAUUAUAUUUUUACACAAGCAACACACACAUCUCUGCUACAAAAUGAACAUUUGAAGUUUGUUUUCUAGUACUUACCAUUCUUGGACAAUUACACCAAACGUGACAGAAGUGCAAACGUUACAACUUCCCCC